CAGGAAACCCAAGACUUCAGUCGAGCCAUGGCGCUGUUUGUCACCGGCUACCUAUCCAACAACUUGUGCCUGUAUGAGCAACCCUCCCCAUCCGCACCCCCCAACAACAUCACACACGCCGAGACCUCUAUAUCCACAGCCCACAGAAGUCAGGCAGAGAAGCACGCCCAGCUACUGGGUGGCCUAAACAUGCUCACCAAACUGUGUUGGCUGCCCGACGAUACCGAUAGCACCACGCUGACGGUGGUGCUGGAGUUCUUUGCGCGGUUGCUCAGCGACGCGCUGCCGAACGACCGCAGUGAGUGUGGUCCCGAACAGCCCCGGCUGCAGAUCCACCGUGAGCUGUAUGCGGGUGCGGUAGGCGAGUUGCUGAGUGUGCUGGCCGAGUGUAUACCGGUGGACAAAGCGGGACAAACCGGGACAGCGCGGCCCGAGCUAAAAAUAGACGAGGCGGUCGACUGGAUCACGCACAGCUCGGCGGCUUGUAUCAGGGUGCUACAGCGUAUAGCGCAUAUGGAUGCAGAUAGAGACGGGGGCAGGCGUACCAGUGGGUGCGGCAGUGGCGGUAAGUCUACCCGGGGCUCCCUCACCAGCACGCAGACGCAUACGCUCGGCGUUGACGGGGAGAUUGGCGGAGACGACGCGGAGGUGAAGGACCGCAACUUCUACAUUGCGCGGGAUUUGGUGGGGAUGAUUGCCCACGCCUAUCCGGAUAUGGCGCAGGCUAUGUUAUUGGGCCAAUUGGGAGAAGUGGUCAAGGCCACCCCCACAGAUGCCAGCAUGACCUCUCUGCGGCGUGUGUGCCAGUGCAUCGAGUCCAUCGGUACAGAGGGUCAACCGCCUGUACCACACCAACAUCAACUGAUCAACUCAACCCUAGGCAUCCUGCACCCAUACACCAUCGGUCCCACUACCCCCACCCCCACCCAGCAAUACGAGACCCAGGUGCGGGUGGGAGGGAGUGGGGGGAGAGACGGGGAUAGGCUCAGGGAUACAGCUCAGCGUGCACGCGUGUUGGCGUACAGGUGUGUGUUUGUGGGGGUGGUCCUGGCCCAUGCCUCGACCAUCCAGAAGACCGCGGACACGGUUGCCAUGGUGAUGCGGAUGCUGUUCGAGUGGAUCUACGAAGCGUCUAGAAUGUUUGCGCCUGGCCAGGCUAGUAGUCGUGGUGGAGCCAACGGCUGGGCCGGGAGUGAGUGUUAUGCGUUGGAGAGAGAGUGCGCCGAGGUCUUGUGUGUGGGAUUUGAGAAGCUCUGCGGCUACGAAGGCGUACAGAAAGCGCUCACCGAACAGGACGGUGUACGUAGCCUCGUGGACGGUGCAGACAG